AUGAGCGCGCAGCGAAACCCCAAGGACUCCAUAGCGUCCACCUGGCGGCAGAAAGACCGCUCGGAAUGGAACAUUGUCCAUUGGUUUUACGAAAUCUUUCGUCUUCACCACGUCGAUCUCGACAAGCAGAUACCGGUGCACCCAAAGACCGACAAGGUGCCCUACCUGAAUGACUGGUAUCAGCAUCGGUGGAUUCUUGCGCAUGCCUUUGCGCCGAUCUUGCUGCACCAGCUAUACUACACCUACACCGGCCGCAACUUCACCACCUUACAGGCAGUUGUGUUUUACGCUCUUGCCUUCAAGCUCAAUGCCAUUCGCGAAUUGCAUCUCUUGCGCAAGAUUGGUGAGCAGACAGGCUUUCUCGAUGGCGAUGUUCAUGAACGCGAUGGUGUCCCAGACUCUAGUGUCAUCAAAGUGUUUCGAUCGCUCGUGUCGACCUCUACUUUCCGACCAGUCUUUACCGUUUUCUUGGCCUAUCAAGUCGGCAAGGUUCCUGCAUCCAUGAAUCUAUAUCUCCUGCCGCUCGAGACCGGUCUUUACGCGAUCAUCCUCGACUUUUGGUUUUAUUGGUACCACCGGCUGAUGCACACUGUGGAAAGACUCUGGCAGUACCACCGCACCCAUCAUUUGACCAAGCACCCAAACCCGCUCCUCACACUAUACGCCGACACUGAGCAAGAACUCUUCGACAUUGCUGGUAUCCCCUUGUUGGCCUACUUUACUAUGAAGUUCAUAGGCUUUCCGAUGGGAUUCUACGAGUGGUGGGUGUGCCAUCAAUACAUUGUCUGGGCCGAACUUGCUGGCCACAGUGGUCUCCGCAUGGCUGCAACACCCCCAAAUCCAUUCAACUGGCUACUUCGCAUGUUCGCGGCCGAGCUCAUCAUUGAAGACCAUGAUCUGCAUCACCGCAAGGGAUGGAAGACCAGUGCCAACUAUGGCAAGCAGACCAGACUAUGGGACCGCAUUUUCGGCACUUGCCGCGACCGUGUCGAGUGUUAUCAUGCCAAUAUCGAAUGGAAUGAACAAGUCACGAUGCCAAUCUUUUAA